GAAACGAAAACGGACUUUGGAAGACGCGAGGCUAACAAUCCAUUCCUCUAUGUGACUGUUCCAAAAACUCUGCGGAACUCAGAAAUGUUCAAAGUAAUCAAAGCCAAGGAACAUGAACUCAUUACACCGCACGACCUUCACGCCACCCUUAAGGAUAUUCUAGAGGUUCAACCUUCCGCUAACUUCCUGGAUACUACGUACAAAUCGUUCUUACCUCAAAGUCGCGGCUCAUCGUUGCUUCGCGAAUUCGAACCAGGCUUUGUUCGGAACUGCAAGACACUCCCGAUUCCUUCACAAUACUGUAUAUGCCAAUAUGAGAAAGUUCCACUCGAUGAUGAUGCAUUGGCAAUCAAACUCGGUCAAUUUGCCGUCGACGGUAUCAAUGCGGUCCUUAAAGAAAACAAUGUGACAGAUGACUGCGCCCAUCUGAUUCUUCACCAGGUCCACUCAGUACUGUGCUAUGUCCUACCAGAAACACAACGGAAGGAUACAGCAAUUUAUGAAGUCACUUUCCAAGUUUCACCGUCGGGUGGACUGUUCGAGAUUCCAAUUCGCUCGAAAAAUGGCGUUUUGAAGACGGCUAGUUCCACAUUCACUCGCCUCAACGAAUACGGAAAGCAGUCAGCUUGUGUCGCGAAGGAUACCCUGAAGCCUCUGUGCCACUGUAGCAACCGUACGAUUAGGGGAAACCCUUGA